CGUGCGGAUCUUCUGCGCAUGCCUUGGACAUUUUGCCUCAGAACACUUCCGCCUUUUCCUUCUGGGUUUUCCUACGUUCCCGGGUGGGAGGCGGUCCCGGGGUCGCCGAGUCCUGGCGCUCUUCGGGGUUCAGUGCAACACGACGUGGGAGCGGCGGCCAUAUCUUCGGAGUUGUCUACAUUUUCCAAAGAGCAGCAGAAAAUGAACAGAUUCCAGAACAAGAUAUUCAAUGUUUCCAGCACCUUUCCAGGUUCAACCUAUCCACUCCCCCUCCCCACAAAGCUUGAACAAAAAUUCCAGGCAUCAGUAUCAUUUAAAGAUGUGACUGUGGGCUUCACCCAGGAGGAGUGGCAGCACCUGGACCCUACUCAGAGGUCCCUGUAUAGAGAUGUGAUGCUGGAGAACUACAGCAACCUUGUCUCAGUGGGGUAUUGUGUUACUAAACCAGAUGUGAUCUUCAGGUUGGAACAAGGAGAGGAACCAUGGAUAUUAGAAGAAUUCCCAAGCCAGAGCAUACCAGAAAUCUGGAAAUAUGAUCACCUGAAAGAAAAGAGACAGGAAAACCAAGAUAAACAUUUUUGGCAAGUUGUAUUCAUCAAUAACAAAACUCAGACUAAGGAACGAGGUAAUGUAAUAGGAAAACCAUUUAACUUGGAUAGAGAUUUGUUUCCUUCAAGAAAAAUACUUUGUCAUUGUGAUGCAUGUGGAAUGGGUUUGAACUAUAUUUCAGAAUUAGUUAUUAGUAAGAAGAACUAUUUAGGAACGAAGUCUGAUGAAUUUAAUGUCUGUGGAAAACUUCUCCAUAUUAAACAUGAGAAAAUUCAUAUUGGAAAGAAAAGUGAAUUUUUUCAAAAUGGGAAAACCCUCAGCCAUAAUGAGGACCCUAAUGAGCAUGAGAAGAUUCAACCCUUAGAGCAAAAUUUUGAUUAUAAUAUAUAUCAGGAAGCUGCCCAUGAAAAUGCAGGAUUCAGUUCACCUAAGAGAGAAAAUACAGAGGGGAAUGACUUUGGAUAUAAUGAAUAUGGGAGAACAUUCUAUGAUAACCCCUCUCUGUUCCAUUCAAUAUCUCCCUCAAGGGAGAAUCACUAUGAAUUUAGUGAUUGUGAGAAAUCCUUAUGUGUGAAUUCAGGUCUCUUGAAGCAUCAUGGAGUACAUAUGAAACACUAUGAAUGUAAUGGAAGUGGGAAUGAUGUCAGUAAGAAGUUAUACCUCUCAGAAUUUCAGAAAACUCAUAAAAGAGAGAAACACUUUGAAUGUAAUGAAUGUGGGAAAGCCUUCUGGGAGAAGUCACACCUCACUCGACAUCAGAGGGUACAUACAGGAGAGAAACGCUUUAAAUGUAAUGAAUGUGGAAAAAGGUUCUGGGAGAAAUCAAAUCUCAUUAAACAUCACAGAACACACACAGGGGAGAAACCCUAUGCAUGUCAUGCAUGUGGGAAAGCCUUCAGCCACAAGUCAGCCCUCACAUUACACCACAGAACUCACACAGGGGUGAAGCCCUAUCAGUGUAAUGUAUGUGGAAAGACUUUUUACCAAAAGUCAGACCUCACUAAACAUCAGAGAACACACACAGGGUUGAAACCCUAUGAAUGUUAUGAAUGUGGGAAAUCCUUUUGUAUGAAUUCACACCUUACAGUACAUCAAAGAACUCACACAGGUGAGAAACCCUUUGAAUGUCAUGAAUGUGGGAAAUCCUUUUGUCAGAAGUCACAUCUUACACAACAUCAGAGAACUCACAUAGGGGAUAAACCCUAUGAAUGUAAUGCAUGUGGGAAAACUUUCUACCACAAGUCAGUACUCACCAGGCACCAGAUAAUUCACACAGGUUUGAAACCUUAUGAAUGUUUUGAAUGUAGGAAAACCUUCUGUUUGAAGUCAGACCUCUCAGUACAUCAGAGAACUCACACAGGGGAAAAACCCUUUGCAUGUCCUGAGUGUGGGAAGUUCUUCAGCCAUAAGUCCACACUCUCUCAGCAUUAUAGGACACACACUGGGGAGAAACCUUAUGAAUGUAAUGAAUGUGGAAAAAUCUUCUACAACAAAUCAUAUCUAACUAAACACAAUAGAACACAUACAGGAGAGAAACCCUAUGAAUGCAAUGAGUGUGGGAAAACUUUCUGUCAGAAGUCACAGCUUACUCAGCAUCAGAGAAUCCAUAUAGGGGAGAAACCCUAUGAGUGUAGUGAAUGUAGAAAGGCUUUCUGCCAUAAGUCAGCAGUAAUUGUACAUCAGAGAACUCACACAGAAGAAAAACCCUAUAAAUGUAAUGAGUGUGGAAAAUCUUUCUGUGUUAAGUCAGGACUUGUUUUACAUCAGAGAAAACACACAGGGGAGAAACCCUAUGAAUGUCAUGCAUGUGGGAAAUCCUUCAGUCACAAAUCAUCCCUCACAGUACAUCUCAGAGCUCACACUGGAGAAAAAUCUUGUGAAUGCAGUGAAUGUGGAAAAAUCUUCUACCGUAAAUCAGACCUUGCUAAACAUCAAAGAUCACACACAGGGGAGAAACCCUAUGAAUGUAACACAUGUGGAAAAACCUUCUCUCAGAAGUCAAACCUCAUUGUACAUCAGAGAACCCACAUGGGAGAAAAAUCUUAUGAAUGAAAUGAGUAUUUUUAAUGUUCAUCCAGAUAGAUGUCUGUCUCCACUAAACUUCAGAGAAUUCACUUUGAGGUAAAGCUCUAGUGAGAUCCUGAAUGUUCAAUAAUUUUCAUCCAUAAACUGGCCUUGUUUUACAUCAGAGUAAUGGUAGGGGAGAAACUAUAUAUUUCAACAAAUACAGGACAGCUUUAGUAAGAAGUGAAAUUCUAUGAAUGUCAAAUAAUUCAUACUGUUUUAACACCUUACAAAUUUUUUGAAUUUUUUAAAGUUUUCAGCAAAAGUUCAAACUAGAUCAUCAGGAGUUAUACAUCAUAGGAGAAAUCUGUCAGUUUAAGAAGUAUAGAUUUAAAAUUUUUUCAGAAAUGUAAUAUUAGAAGUUGUGUUUCAGAUUUGGUGACAUAAUUGACUUUAGAAAAUAUAAUAGUAUUUUCUAAAUAUUUGUUGUGGAAUGUAAGCUUUAAAACAUUUUUUAAAUAGUUGCAAGAAGUUGUAAUAAUAGUACAAAAAGUUCCCAUGUGCCCUUCACCAAGCUUCCUCCAGUGAUACUGUUGUUACAUAACUAUAGUUUAUCUCAAAAGUAAGAAAUUGGUGUUGGUACCAUACUAAAGCAGAUAUAGACCUUAUUUGGAUUUCACUAGUUUUUGUUUCCACUCUGUAGUUUUGUGAAAUUUUGUCAUGUGUAGAUUCAAGUAACCGUCAAUACUGCCAGGAUACAGAACCAAAAAAGGACUUCUAGGAUCUGUAUUCUAUCAGGUUUCCAUCACAAGGAGCUUCCUGGUAUUAAUCCUUAAUAAUUACACCCUUUCUCCAACCCUCCCCAUUUAAUAUCAGUCUUCUAAAUGCAUAGAUAAAUUGAAUCAUCAUGGCAACAACAUUAGUUGUGUAUGUGAGGUAUGCCUGCAGUUCAUAGGACCUUUAUUUAUGUAUAUAUGGUACAUAAUAUAAACCACAUGUUUUUCAUGUGCAUAAUGGAACUUAACGUGGUUGUGACUAGCCAGUAGAUAUCCCUAUUUUAGUAAUUGCAUAACAUCAGGCCUAUCCUCAAUGUUUGUGGGGCCUGGAGCAACAGUUUUAAUGGAGGUCCAUAAAGCUAAUGACUAAGCAUUUAAAGGUUUUAAAUCAAAAUACCAAACUGUAGAUAAAAUAUUCUGUGCAUGGGGAGAUCCUAGCCCCUUGCGUCAUUGCCCCAUUUUUCUUCCCACCCUGUAGUUCAUCCAAGCCUUGAGGUGCCUUGAGUGUACAUUGUGGAUGUUCCAGCUUUCUGCCUAAAUUUUGCCAAAACCCUCUGUAAGCAGCUGCCCUCCAAAACAAGAUUCGGGGAAGACACCCAUCCAUACAGACUAGAUGAGGGCUGAGGGCUUUUGGUCUGGGAAAUUAGGGGUUCCAUGUUCCACGAGAGGGACCUGGGCCCCCCAAGACUUCUGGCUACAUGAGGAGGUUGGGGGAAGCUAGAGAAGAGCCAGGGUUGAGCACUAAUUGACAAUGUAAAUGUGGUGAUAUAUUACAUGAUGGUGAUAUAUUACAUGAUACCAAGGUUAUCCAAGCUGAACAUCAGCAGUGCCUCACUAUAUCCUAAUAACACAGUAUACCUUUUUUGUACAAAAAUUUCUGAAUGUUUAAAGUACUGUAUUUCUUUUAUCUUCAUGUUUUUUGGCAUUUUUAAAUUUUUUGGCAAUUGUUCUUGAAUUUUGCUUCAAUAAAAGAAGGGGCAUAAUGUUUUUAUAAAGUUUCAGCUGCCUCAUUGUCAAAGGAUAUUUAAAACACAGUCAGGCAUGCAGUUAACAGAAAAAGUUGAGUUAACCUAAGAAAGUAGCUAUGAACAGCAUCCACUCUACUGAAUAAAACAUAGUGCUAUGUAAAGAAAAUACAGCUGUUGAUCCUGUUCUUGAUAUACGGGUCCCUAUAUCAAGGAUGUAUUAGGGUGCAUAUGGUCUGCCCAUUUCUUUCCAGUAAAACAACAUGGUGCUGUGGUUAACUGUGAACUGGUCAGAUUGACUAGAGGCAAGUCCCAGUUCCCCAAUUUAGUAGCAGUGUGAACUGUACUAAGUCACUUAAACUCCCUGUGCCUAUUCUGUAAAGAAAGUAGUAUUUACUGCUGUGAUGAUUAGAUUAGUUGCUAAAUGUAAAACAUGUAGAAUUAAAUUAGUUCAUAAUGGUAAAGAUCGCAGUAAUAGCUAUGAGAUAACUGUUACUAUAAACAUCAUCAUGUUUUUAGUAUUUCCAAAAAUUACCCUGCAGCAAAUGGGUAGGAGAUUACAACUUAUGUGCAGAGUUGAUUUGUUUUGGUAGGUCUUCCCCCCAGAUAAUUCAGUACUUAAUCCUGAUUAGUCUAAGUUGGGAGAUGGCAUGGACUAUGUGUAAAAUGUCAGAUAGUAAAUAUUUUAGGCUUUGCAAGCCAUACUGUUUUCUGUUGCAGCUAUUCAGCUCUGCUGAUGUAGCCCAAAAGCUACCAUAGACAACACAUAAAUGAGCGCAGCUGUGUUAUAGUAAAACUUUAUUUUAUAAAAACAUGGGGCAGGCUGGAUGUGGCCCAUGAGCCAUAAUUUGCUGACCAGUGGGUUUAAGUUAUUAGUUCUCACUCUUUUGGUGUCACCAACACUUUAUACUCCUAGAAAUUAUUAAGGGCCUCAAAGAGCUUUUCUUGAAGGGGGUUAUAUCUACUGAAAUGUAUCAUAUUAGAAAAUUUUUAAGCAUUUUAAAUUUUAUAUGAAAAUAACACUAUUAAAAUAUAUAGCAUUUUUAUGAAAAAUUACCUUCUAAAACAAGAUUUAGUGAAAAGAGUGUUAUUACUUUACAUUUUUGCAAACUUCUUUAAUGGCUGGCUGAGUAGAAGAGAGCUAUAAACUGUUGGUUUCUCCAUUCUCUCGAUAACUCCAGUGUGUACUCUUGAGAAAAUGAGAGGGAAAAAGCAAACAAUACCUUAGUAUAAUUAUGAAAGUAGUUCUUGCAAUACCUGAUGGAGUUUGGGGGAUCUCUGGGAUCCCCAGAUCAUACUUUGAGACCCAUUGGUGUAAGUUAAUCUUAGCAAUCCCAUUCUCAUCAUUGACUGGUUUUGGAUAGGCAUCUGGCUCUGCAGUGGCCAAUGAGACAUUUAUUGAGUAAUGUUUCAGAAGAAAGAUGAGGACCUUAUUGAAAAGAGACACAGGACUCUCAGUUUUCUGGAUAUUACUCCUGUUUAUACUUUUCCAACUUUAGGAUGGCAGAUGAGAAAGAUGACAAGAACCUGGGUGAAAUAUGUCAUUGAUCUGCUGAAAUAGCCAACCCUGGUACUACUCUGUUUUAGGCUUUUUGGUAGUUAAUAUAUUAAGUUUUUCAUAUUCUUUCAGUUAGUUGAAAGCAACUUAACCAAUGCAGAAAUACACUUUUAUAAUUGUAUGUGUAGAAAUGAUAGAGCAAAUUAGGGGAUUUCUUUCUACAUUGAAAUAGGGUUUUCUGUCUAGUAAGUUUCCAUGUUAUAGCUUAAGUGCUGUUAUCCAUUACUCUUUUAUUGGAAAGAAACAUGCUUUUACAUUAUUGACCUGUCACAGUGACAACACAUGGCCAUGCCAUUUGGAUCCCUAGUAGGCUAAGUAUGCUUUAAAUAAAUUAAGCUGUUUCUUCAGUACUUCCCAACAGUAUUGAUUUUGUUUUGUAAAAAACAGUAGUCAGGCUGUCUUGUAUUUGAUAAAUUUGCCUCUUUAUCCCUGAUCUGAAAUGCCAUUUGACUGUUGCUUUUGUCUGCUUAGUACUUCUUCCCCGUAUUAUCUGGUGUCAUUCCUUGUGACCAUGUAACUUGUGCUUAAUCUGGAUAUAGUGAAGUCGUACUGGCUCCAUGUUGAUUA